GAUACGGUUGAUUGGAAAACAUGAUAUAUAACUUAAAGAAAACGCUAACAGUUGGUUAUAUAUAUCUCAUCAUCAACGCUUUCCUAGUUGAAUAUUAGAAGAAAUCCACUCGGUGACUUCCCCAACAAGUAACCUCUGUUUGUUUACUUCUUAAUUUCUCGUCUCCUUCCAUUCAUAUUCUAGGCUAUCAACAAAUGUAUUCUCUCUUUGUUUAUUCAAUUUUUAUUAUUUGUUUUGUGUGUGAAUAUUCUUGUUCUAACAUGAAAGUCGGUUUUUUUUUGUUUCAGUUAAUAAAAUUUGGGAUAUGAGAGGAAUGAAGUGUGGUGAUGAUGAUGAUACAAUUGGUGGGACUGAAAAUGAUAAUAAUAAUACUUUUGAGGAAAGUCUAACUACUUGUGAUGACUUUCAUACCAAUUCAAUGGUUCAAUCGAAUUGUGGCAAGUUACAUCCAGACAAAGAAGUUGGCCAAAAUUCAGUUGAUAAUAAGGAGGAAAUGACUAUACAAAAUGUUGUAAAACAACAUGUUCUUUGCUUUCUCCCAGCAAAAUCACUAUGCAGGUUCAGAUUAGUAUGCAAAGACUGGAAUCACUGGAUCACUCAACCUUUUCUAGCUCACUUACACUCUUACAAUUACCAAGACAUCUCUGGAAUUUUUUGUCAAACUCUUUCAGAAAGGCCCUUUUUCAUCUCCUUAGACCAUUCGGCUUGUGGGGUUCAGAGUUCCACCCUCAGUUUCUUACCCGAAUCUGUUUUCAUCAGAGCCGCUUCCCACGGCUUGCUCUGUUGCCAAAGCAUCUUCACACACAAUCCUCGCUACUACAUUUGCAACCCCGCAACCAAGGAAUGGAAAAAGCUUCCAAAACCGAAGUUUUACCAUUGGCAAAACUCAGCCGCGGUAGCUCUCAAUUUCCACCCUUCGGUUUUCAAUUUCAAGGCGAAUUUUGAGCUUGUGUGUGCUGUGGCUGUACCCGAAAACCAUGUUGUUUGUUUCGAGAUUUACUCUUCGAGAUCAGGCUCUUGGAGAAUUUCGGGUACUGAAUGUUAUGAAGAAGAUGCUUUGAAGCUUAAAGGAGAUGGAUUUUGCUUAAAUGGGGUGGCAUUUUGGGAAACUUGUUGUGGUACAAUUUUGGCAUUUUAUUUGAGUGAUGAGGAAUAUGGUAUGUUAAUAACACCUCCCACCACUGGAUCAUCAUCCUUAUCAUCAUCAUCACAAGGCUUUUUGACACAAAUCAAUGGGGAGUUGUGUUACUUUGUGGUUCAUGAAAAUAUAGAUGGAUUAAGAAUUGACAUCCAUGGAGGAUGGGAUAUGAGUUUCAAGUACAGAAUAUCUCUGGAUUCUUCAACUCCAAGCCAAACCAAUGGCGAGUUGAGGGUUCUGCCUUGUGUUAAUGGAGAGGUUGUGAUGGUUAUUUCUAAAAGAGGAUUUUUGGGUGCUUAUAAAGUGAAAGAUAGGAAGAUGAAAUUGAGUGGCAUUAGUUAUGGUCAUGAUAAUAGCAUAACGAGUGAUGAAUAUGUUAAGUGUUUGCCUUAUGUGAAUAGUCUUGUAUCUGUUGGUAGUCAGAUUGUUGAGAGUCAAGACUUUUAUCACUGAACUAUCUUGUACUGAUUUUGCAAUUUUGGCAAAAAUUCUUUUCCAAGUGUUAAACAGUGUUUUCUUUCACCCAAAGGAAAGCAGGCUAGUAUUUUAUAUCUAUUUUUGUUUGUAAUAACAAAUGUUGGAGUUUCCUUAUUUUUAAAUUUGACUGAUAAUUGCACUUUAAGAAACUAUUA